ACGGCCGGCGCAACGGCCGCGCGUAUAAGUCUGCGCACGCGCUUACCGCGAUACCUACCGCUUCGACCCGGACCGGUAGCUUUGACGACAUAUACGAUACCAGUGACGAUUACCCGACUCGCGAUAACCGAAACUCUAAAGUGUUUACUAAUUUUAUAGCCGACGCAGACCAUGCCCUAGGCGUCAGUGGAGAGGAUAAUGCACCAAUACGUGCACACUGACCUGAUGUGAAUGGAACGAUAUGUGCUAAACUAAUUACAAAAAUGGGAAGCGGAAAGUUCGGUUUUCAAGUUAAAAAGGACAAAGUGAACAUGGUAGCUGCAAAGACUGAAAUUAGUGUUAAGGAAAAAUGUCAAAAAAUACAGAAAAAACUAAAGAAGACUGAUAAUAAGAAGACUGAAGAUAAUACACGAGAAAAACCUAUCUGGUGGAACCAAUGUAACAGUUUGAGUGAAAUCGACCAGUACCUAUGGAUGGUCGGCGGGUCGGCGGGUGCGCUGGCGCUGACCGGCGUGGCGGCUGCUUCGGCUUUCUACCUCAGCACGAGACCGAAGCCCGAGAAGCCCCUCGUCACUCUACACGAACAAAGCCUCCUUGAGUCGGGUCCCGAGAUGGUUCGUGUUUCAAAAUUCUACAAAGAAGCGAAAAACGGUCGUUACCUUCGUUACUUACAUGACGACACACGUACACUUUACGAAACUUUCCGACGGGGUGUCAAAGAAUCAAAUAAUGGCAAUUGCCUCGGUUGGCGUGAGGGACCAAAUAAACCAUACGUGUGGCAGACGUACAAUGAGACUCUGCUACGAGCGAAAAACUUCGGAUCAGGACUUAUAUGUCAAGGACUUGUUCCUGGCCAAAACACAUUUGUGGGUAUUUAUUCACAGAAUUGUCCUGAAUGGGUGAUGACAGAACAGGCUGCCUACUGUUAUUCAAUGGUAAUUGUGCCACUAUAUGAUACUCUCGGAGCAAAUGCAUGUGCCUUCAUUGUAAAUCAAACCGAAAUGUCCGUAGUUAUUUGUGAAGACGACAAAAAAGCCAAUUUGCUUCUCGACCAGUCGCCGAGAUGUUUAAGGAAACUGAUCACCAUUAAGGAGGUCUCGCCUUCGACGCAUCAAAGAGCGAGGAGCCGAGGCGUUGAAAUUCUUAAGUUCAGCGAUGUUGAAAUACAAGGCGCGCAAAAAGAUCACCCUUGCCUCCCACCAAAACCGGAAAGUCUGUGCACAAUCUGCUACACAUCAGGGACCACGGGAAUGCCUAAAGGCGUGAUGUUGACCCAUGAGAAUGUAGUCGCGUCGAUGUGCAGUGUUAUUAUGCAGCUUGGUGAACAUCGGCCCAUGAAACACGAUGUCAUGAUCUCCUUCCUACCUCUUGCACACAUGCUGGAGCGGUGCUGCGAGAAUGCUCUCUACAUGGUAGGAGGAGCUGUUGGUUUCUACAGUGGUGACAUUCGACGGCUAGGUGAUGAUUUGAUUGCUUUGAAACCAACAAUGAUGCCCGCUGUACCUCGCCUUCUGAACAGGCUCUACGAUAAAGCACAGUCUGAAAUAUCUAGUUCCAAGAUCAAGAAAUUACUUUUUAAUAUGGCGCUAUCGGCAAAGGAGUCAGAAUUAAAAAGGGGCAUAGUGCGUAGUGACUCAGUCUGGGACAAACUGGUGUUCCGCAAGGUGCGCGAGGGUAUGGGCGGUCGCCUGCGUAUCAUGGUGGUGGGCUCCGCGCCUCUUGCCGGGAAUGUGCUCACCUUCGCAAGAUGCGCGUUGGGCUGCCUGAUCGUGGAAGGCUACGGUCAGACAGAAUGUACGGCACCAGUUACUCUCACAGUUCAGGGAGACCACGUACCUGAACAUGUCGGUCCUCCCGUCGCUUGUUGCAAAGUGAAGUUAGUGGACGUGCCCGAGAUGGAGUACUACGCAUCACAAGGCCAGGGAGAAGUAUGCGUGCAAGGCGCGAACGUGUUCAAGGGAUACUUCAAGGAGCCGGAGAAGACUAGAGAGGUCAUUGACCACGACGGGUGGCAUCACACGGGAGAUGUUGGCAAGUGGCAGCCCAAUGGAACCCUGAAAAUUAUUGACAGAAGAAAACAUAUCUUCAAACUGUCGCAAGGCGAAUACAUAGUUCCUGAGAAAAUUGAGAACAUUUACAUUAGAAGUCAGUACGUCGAACAAGUUUUCGUACAUGGCGAGUCUCUGAAGUCAUGUGUAGUAGCAGUGGUCGUCCCAGACGUGGACGUGGUGAAGUGCUGGGCGCUGGAGAACGGCAUCAAGGGAACAUUCUCAGCUCUCUGCGAGGACGAGCGCGUCAAGAAGAUCAUCCUCGAAGACAUGCUGCAGUGGGGACGUAAUGCUGGACUUAAGACCUUUGAACAGGUCAAAGACAUCUACCUACACCCGGACCCCUUCUCAGUACAAAACGGUCUCCUGACGCCCACAAUGAAAGCAAAACGGCCAGAAAUCAGGAGCUACUUCAAACCCCAAAUAGAGGACAUGUACAAACAGCUGGAAUAACAGCGUCACACGCUUUAUGUAGGUGAAUGCGUUCAAAUUAUGGACGAAACUUUAGUGCGUGACUGUACUUUGACGUGAUUGAGGCUUGAGGGACUUUGUUGCUUUAGUAAGUUAUGUAAAGAAGUAUUAAGUAAAACAGCUUGAUUGUUACGCAUUGGUUUGUCGGUCAAAUGGUGUUUGACAUCAACUACACCUGAGUAGAACAUUGACUUAAAAAUUCUAUAGUAACUGAUAACAAAAAUGAAUGAAAAUUAUACGCAGAACAAUUUACGGUGUAACAAACACUAAUUAAAAAGUUUAGACAGAAGUAACGAGUAAUAAAAAGCGUUUAAAUAUCGUAGCGUUCUGUUUGAAACCGCCGAAAUCCUUCUUUUAUGACCACUAAAGAACUGGUGAGCUUGUUAAUUCGUUUUCUAAUGUAAAGUUUGUUUUUACAUCCCAAUUGGAUGGAGGCCAAGUUCAAUAACAAAAAACACAACACAAUGAAUUAUGAGGUGAAGGAAGUUGGUAUAGGUCCAAACAAUACAAUGGCCGUGCCAAUUAGCGCAAUCGGUGACGCCACAAGCGAUUUGGACUCGAUUCUUCAAUGACGUGAAUCGAUUUUAAAUCGAAUAGUAAAGUCUACCAUACAUUUAAUCUACAUCAAUCUUUACUGUAAUUUCUCCGACAUGUUUUAUAACUAGUUUGUUUUUCUUGGUUUCCCUCAAGGUUUAGUAUUCAGUAUUUCAUUUUUAUUGACUGUUAUAACUUAAAGAGUAACCGUUUAGUUCAAACUCGGCGGUUUCACACACAUCGUAUCAUUUACGAUUUUUUUUAAACGGGGCAACUCUCUUUUUGUCUAAAGUAAUAUAGUAUCUUGCUUAUUUUUUAAAUAAUUUAGCAAGAUCGAUUUGAAUUUAUUUCUAUUUACCGGAUCCAUUAACCAUAGGUCUAUCUGUUACUUCUUCAAAGAAGUCUUUGUCUUUAUUCGCACAAUGCAAUAAUUCCAUUCAAACAAUCGUAAUAAAUCUAGAUCUAAUUAUGACGACAAUAAGACAUCAAUAAAAAGUCGUAUAAUGACUAAUAAUAUUGUUGUUAGUCACAUUAUUUCUACUUAUUGAAGCAAUGAAGUCACUCUUUACUGUGAUGUAUAACGCCAACUAAACUUUUAUAUAGCAACGUCACAGAAAACUGUGUUCGCUAUUAUUUUAAUAAUUUCACUUUUGCCGACGCAAAAAUUAUACACUGUGCUAAAUUUUAAUAUACAAGUAUAGAUAAUGACGCUAAUUUAUUUAUACACACAGACCAUACGAACAAAAAAGAGAUAACAAUAGUAGCAAAACUAUUGGUGACUCUUUUCUAUAAACCCGUUGAAGUAAAUGUAAUGAUAGUUUCAAUUAUAAAGUGGUGUAGAAAGAAAUUGGCGUCAAAACAUUUGAUUACGCGCAUAUUAAUUUGUAACGAACAAUACUCUUUGAAAAAUUAUUAAACGUAGCUACUUUUGUAUAUAAUCAAAUUGAAUAGUAAGUAGAGAGAAGUUUUUGAGGGGCAAAAAUAAAUAGAUUUAAGGGUGAAAUUAAGACGAGGUGUAGGCUUGCCUGGUAUGGUUUCAAUACUUUUGAAGAUGGCAAAAGUCUCGUAUCGCACCAUGCCACGAUGCCUCAUCUCGUCUGACGCACGCGUUAAUGUAAUGGCAAUAAAAUUUACGGAAAUUCUAGUUUCCUCUGCGGUCAAUUACGAUGAUAUAUUUGAGCUCCAAUCUUGUAUAUUUUCAUAAUAACCCUCUAAUAAGUGAUUUUAUGAGUAAUCUACGCUACGCCGAACGCGCUUAGUCGAUUACUUGGUACACGGUUUUCAAAAUCGAUUGGUAAAUACCUUCCUAAAAAACUAGCCAUCAUCUGACCAGUUAGCAUUGAAUUGUAAUUUAUCCAGUAUUCUUAAUUCCACAUGUGUAUUGCAAUAAUAGUAGAGGUAUACAAAGCCAGCAUAUACAUGUUCGCUGACUAAACAAACGGAAUUGCCUAUAGCUAUUUUAGGAUUAUUUAUAAUAAUCACUCAUGAUAUUUCAAUUUUAUAGGAAAUGUCUACAAUAAAUAGAAUUAGGUAAAAUUGUAAGCAAUAUGAUUUCCUUCACAAUCAUAUUUAGUCACAAAAUUGUUAGGAAAUAUGGAUCAAAACUAGAUGAAAUGGACAAUUUAGCACAUGAAACUAUUUUAUAUUACAAAAGAAAUAAAUAUUUGCCGUCACUAUGUAAGUGACACAGUCCAAGCAUGACUUUUGAUAAUAUAGCCAUCUAUUAUAAUAAUCUGAAGUCUUAUUUCAAGGCAGAGGAUAUAGCUUUUUGGAUUUAUAAUACUUAUGAGAUUUAGAAAGUUGAUCACCAUCGUUAUGGUUGUAUAAUAGUGAAGUCGCGUAAUUUUCAGUACAAUCAGCUAGUAUUGUAAGAACAUACAAGUAUGAUACCGGAUACCGUGCCUUCGACAGAUAUUUAACCCGUACAGGAUACUCUUUUUGUUACUAGCUAAGUUCUUUUUUAUUUUUUUUUGUCUAACUAUUGUGUGUUGAAGUUUGCUUUCGUGUUGGGGCUACAUUGAACCAAGUCUCAAUCCCUUGAGACGCCAUACUUAGAAGUUUUAUGUCAAUGUAUCUCCAACAUUGUCUGAGGGGUGAAUCUCCGUUUAUGUGUUGAAUGUUAGUGAGUUUUACAUGACGAAAUAGUAAAAUGUAAUACUUAAUCCUAGGUCAAACUGUCGCACCGUGUAGUAUAUAAUUUAGUAUUUCUAGAGCGCAAUAUUAAUAAGUUGAUAUGCUUUGAGCGAACGUUACGGUUUCAUGUUGUUCAAACCAAAAUUUUGUUGUUAUUGGUGCAAGUUGUACUACGAUAAUUUAUUUUUAAAUAAAAUUUAAAAAGUG